AUGGCUCCAACCGACGCUUCAGUUCCUUCCGCCAGCUUUGCUCGCUCACACUCGUCGCCCGAGCCACUGUCGGCAUCCGCUUUGAAGAACCGCCCUCCGCUACCGCCUGAUUCACCGUCGCUCAACAAGAAACUCCCGAGGCUGCCGUCCUUCGAAUCCUUUGAGAUCCCAUCCUUCGACUCCAUUGGCGACUUGGAUACCAAGCUUUCUCUGUCCGGAACGCCCUCGCCCUCGUCCAAGCUCGACUCCGUACCACUCACUACGCCUGCGGCAGGCACGACAUCCAACAUCGAAAUCGAACAGCCGGCCGGCCGCUUUAAACUUGCUCUUGCUAGGUCCAAAACCACGAGCCGCCCCAAAUCUUGGUUACCGAGCUUCAAAUCGAACAAGGAGCAGAAUGCUCUCCCUGUGCAGCAUCUAGAGCCACCGUUGGCCAAUGAUGGUGCAAUGCCGCGAUAUCCACUUCUCAAGGAGCGCAGCCAGUCUGCCAGCGACACUUUUGCCAGCUUCACGCGGCGCUCCUGGAUCUCUCGAACACCGUCGCCCGUCAUCACGACCCCGCCACCAAAUGCCAAAGCCUCAGACAAGACGCCUACAACUUCGACAAGCGCCUCGAACAAGUUGCAGUCGCCAGCGCAAAUCAAGGCCUCCGAGCCUGCUGUGCGACCAGAAAAUGAUGUUGAACACGGAAAAUCUAUCUCGUUGAGCUCCAGCAAGGCUGGUGCCUAUUUUUUCAGGGCCAGGCCCAAGCCGUCGACCCUGGUCACUGCUGUCCAGGACUGGGGUGCCGAUUCCGACAGCUGCGCCUCGUCAGCUGCCAGCCUGAGUCAAACUGGGCCGCAAAGCGUGGCCAGCCGUACUUCGCAGUCAACAAGCUCAGAAAAGAGCAAUGCAACCCCCAUAACUGAUGAUUCAUCCAACGAAAUGACGCCACAGGUUCGCGAUGGCCUGUGGUCGUCGUUCAAGACGCUAGAGCUAGAGUUUAAGAGCUUCACGCUCAAGCAAAUGGCCCAGCGCAUCGCUCAAAUUCAAACCAUUCUGCUACCCUUUCUCCGCGCCACCAUGCAUCACCCGUCCACCAAGAAGCUGCUGCCCGAAGAUGUUGACCGCCGAGCCGUCAUCCUCAACAAAUGGUGGCAUGCCAUUCUCGACAUGCUUGAUUCCCAAGCUAACCAGCCGAUUCCUGGAGUUGAUCGCCCGAUUUUGCUCGAGGCCGCUACCAUGGUCAUGAUGAGGCCCGAGUGGCGUCAGGCAACGCCAGCUUUCCAGGCUCUGAAUGACCGAUGCCCUACUGAAAAAGUUCGCUCACGAUCAUGGACCAGCUCGUCUUUGGAGUCGCAAAAUUCCAUGCUGCUCGAUGAGACUGCGGAGCACAGUGUGCGAACCAUGUUUGUCGGCAACCUGGUCCGCCAAAUGUCGCUCGUGGUGGAGAAGAUGUCUCUGCGGCAUGCGCCUCUCACCUUGGUCAAUUUUGCCGGCAAGACCUGUGCAUAUGCCUUCUUUUUCGCGCCUGGAGUUGCCGACAUUUUGCUGCGUCUGUGGGGUCUCACACCUGAACUUAUCCGCAGAGCAGCCGAUGAGUUUGGCCUACCGCGAUGCGAUAAUGGAGAUAGCGAAGACAUUGUCGCGUUUUUCCCGUCCAAACUUGGCGCCUAUGGCUGGAGCUCCCCACGAGCUGCCUGGAAUAAUCUCAAGCAAAUUCCCAAGAUGUCAGUCCUGGUGGCCAGGAUCCCGUGGACCGGUCCCUGGGUCUCGAGAUGGAAGGGCCGCGACACAGAUCUUUUCUUCAUUUUCUGCAAGUACUUUCACGUACUGACGAAUCAAUUCCUUCUUCCCGAUUUACCAUUGGCCUUUAAAGCCCGCGCACCGGCUUUUGUCCUCGUUCAGGCGCAGUUGCUAUCUAUACUGGACUCUACCAUUCACCGCCACGCCGCUCUUGGCCAGGCAUACAACCCACCACCACUUGUAGACACGUUUCACGGCGCUGAUGCGUCAGCCAUGGCGAUGCCUAUGCCUCCAUCGAAUCUGAUGAAGGGUAUGGCCGAAAACAGACUGGUCGCUCUGCUCAAGGAUUUCUUAUUAGACGACUUACCUGAAUUUGCCAACGCCAAGGCCACUUUUGCCGAAACGUUUGCCGCACUGAUGAAAGCUGCCACACAGCGGACCUCCAAGUUUAACAAUUCUGCAUGCUUCACUUUAUGCGACUUUUUGGAAGAGACACUGGUCAUCUACGAUAAGUACGAGACUCAGGAGGGCGUGGCCUCAUGCAUUGACUGGACAUUUUGGAUUGAAGUCUUCAGGCGUGUCAUGAGCUCCAUGAACACAAUGUCCGAAGUGCGCGCUUUGUCUUUUCUUUACACUAUCUGGAAUAUCGCUACGAAGCAACCCUCACGCAAAGCCGAGAUCUGCUUUGACUGGCUGCUCACGGAGGAGACUUUCAAUUCGUUCUUCAACAACUGGUGCCCCAUGGUACGUGCUUACUAUCACCGACUGUUGUGUUGGAGAAUCUGUCGCUACGAUGGAUCACCCACGGACGUUGAUAUUGCCGUGUUUCGCCUUGCGGGGAAGCGCCUCAAAUCAGUCUGGAGCCAUUAUCUCUAUCUCAGAGAAACGGCCGAAGAGAAGGGCUGCGCAAAGCCGUCAUCCACGCCCAUGUCGCCGACCGUAGGAAAAAGAUUCAUCAUCAUCCGCCAAGAGGUGCAUGCUCCCCAGCCAGGCCUCGUCGUGGGUCUGGACACAUUUGCUAGGAGUCCCUCUGGUACCGACCUAGCGGCAAUGAGCGACUAUUUUGACUCGUCUCAGCAACCCAAGGGCGAUUCAAAGAAGCGAUGGUCUCUGCUCGGCAAAGUUCUCUCUUUCACGAACGUCACAGCCGCAGCUGAUACGCCCACCCCUGCCGGUCUUCCCAAGAGUCAUUCGCUGGACGCGCUGCAACUGGCUCGACGUGAGACAGCCGAAGCUCGCUCUCGCCCGUCGACGCAGUCGUCGACUCAUUCGCAAAAGCUGUUUCAGAUUGGUGGCAAUUCUGCGGCAUCUGAUACUGAGUCUCGUUGCUCGACGCCGCUACUGGACGAGCCAGGAUUCAUAUUCAAGUUCAUCCUAGCCUGGCAGCAGCAGAACCUCCCCAGCCGCGAGCGAAUUCUGAGUCUGCCGCAGCUGCCUGGUCCCGCGCAGCACCGUCUCUAUGGUCCCGAUGGUGCAAGACGGGUGCCACUCGACGCACUCCGUCAGGUGUCGAGUUCGUCACAGCCUGGGUUGGUCGACCGCGCCAAGAAUGCGACUCCUCUCUCGUCGCCGCUCGAGGACAGUACGCACAGGCUCUCUCUGGCGGAGCCGGCAAAUGCAACCGACAGCCCAGAGACACGAACUGGUGUCUCGAGCCCGAGCGAGGAGAGCGACGCGACACGUACAGCGACGCCGAAUACGGGCUACUUUUUUACCGAAGAGAUCAGGCCAAGCAAGCCAGUUGGUGCCUUUGUCCGCAACGCAGUCUACUCUGGCCAAGCGCUGGCGGAGUGGUCGCAGGUUGUGACUGAGUGCAACAGCUUUGUCGAUCGACGAACCGAGGAGGGCGUCGAUCGACUGCGCGACAUGGAAGUCCCAUUGUUGAAUGUUGAGGGCUUUCGCAAACUCGGCGGCUGA